AUGUAUCACAGAUUCACCAAAACCUCCGUAAUUUUGUACUUUUUCUUCUUUCUUUCUUUCUUUCUUUCUUUCUUUCUUUCUUUCUUUCUUUCUUUCUUUCUAUUAUGUGUUUUUCUUCUUUUCUUCUCCUUUUCUUCUUCUUUUCUUCUUCCUUUCUUCUUUUCUUCCUUCUUUCUUCCUAUCUUACUUUAUUUUCUUUACACUGUUUCUUUCUUUCUUUCUUUUCAUGAUGAUUUUUCUUUCUUUCCUUUUUCUUUCGCAUUUUAUUCCAUUCUUUCUUUCGUUUUUUUUUCUGCCUCUUUAUAUAAUGCUUACUUUUUUCAUUCUCUUUAUUUCUCUUUAAUUCUUUCUUUUUUUCUUUCUUUCUUUCUUUCUUUCUUUCUUUCUUUCUUUCUUUCUUUCUUUUCAAAUGAUUUUUCUCCAGCCGCAUUCUUUCUAUUUUCGUUCAUUAUGGAUCUUCUUUCUUUUUCAUAUAUUAUGCUUUCUCUGUAUAUUACCAUUUUUCUUAAGCAGUUCUUACUUCUUUUCACUUUAUAUAAUGCUUUCUUUCUUUUUCAUUUUCUUUAUUCCUUUUUAAUUCUUUUUAGUUCUUUGUUUCUUUGA